AUGACUGAUUUGAUUGCUGUAAUGGGUACAUUAGUUGAUAGUCAAGGUCAUAUAUUAAUUGAUGGUAUUUAUGAUGAUGUUGCACCACUUUUAGCAGAAGAAGAAGGACUUUAUAAUCAAAUUACAUUUGAUGUGAGUGCGUAUUGUUCUGAAGCAGGUGUUAGAAGAACAAUUCAAACUGAAAAAGAAAAAAUUUUAAUGCAUCGAUGGAGAUAUCCAUCAUUAUCUUUACAUGGAAUUCAAGGUGCAUUCGAUGGUUGUGGUUGUAAAACUGUCAUUCCACGUCAUGUUAUUGGAAAAUUUUCAAUUCGUAUUGUUCCAAAUAUGAAAAUUUCUACUGUAGAAAAAUUAGUUGAAGAUCAUGUUAAAAAAAUUAUGAAAGCACGAAAUACACCAAAUAAAGUUUCUGUUAAAUUAGAACAUGGUGGUAAUUAUUGGAUUGCUGAUCCAAAUAAUCCUCAAUAUGUUGCAGCACGUAAAGCAACAGUUGCUGUUCAUGGUAUUGAACCUGAUUUAACACGUGAAGGUGGUUCAAUUCCUAUAACAUUGACAUUCCAAGAACAAACAGGUAAAAAUGUUUUAUUAUUACCAAUUGGUGCAAGUGAUGAUGGUGCACAUUCACAAAAUGAAAAAUUCGAUGUAAGCAAUUAUAUGAAUGGCAUGAAAGUGAUGAGUGUCUAUUUUCAAGAAGUGGCUAAAUUAUAA